GUGUCCUGGAAUAAAGUUGGCCGCGAGCAUUUCUUGAGCAUAGGAACUGAGAUCUGGGUGCAGGAUGCCAACCUCGAAAUCGCCCAUUACACGUGGCCAGCGGGGAUCAGUGAAUGGAACCUUGUUUUCAGAGAGGCGCGGUUCGAAGACAGUGGCCUUUACGAUUGUCAGAUCAUCUCAACAGAAAAGUUGACAUUCAGAGUGCGACUAACAGUCUCAGAGAAACCUCCCCACAAUCCAAUAAUUAGCAUCGAGGGCAAGGAGUUUGUAGAAUCGGGCCAGACAGUCUACCUGAAGUGUAACACAACGGAGGGUGACCGCAUGCCUGAAGACCUCGACUGGUUUAAAGACGGAGACAAGAUAGAGGCCAGCGAGUACCCAAACAUUCUGAUCACGAAAUUCAGGUUCAAAGACACCAUGACCUUGGUGAGCGAAUUAAUGAUCAUCAGUGGCACUGGUAACGAUUCUGGCACGUACAUCUGCCGGAGUUCGUCAGACUUGAUCGCUAGCGUCGAAGUCAAUGUUCUUGUUGCUGACAGCUCGAAUGUAAAAAGAGGCACGGGAAUAUCUCAUACACAGACGGGGAACGGACAAAACUACGGAAAUUCCGCCAUCUGCUUUUAUUUCUUCGGUCAGAACCCUCUGAUUUUCUGUGUAGUUUUAUUAGCUCACUUAAUUAUACAAAGCGUCAUCACGUGA